GAACAGAUGUUGUCAUUGUUAAAAAUGGCAGAAGAAUAUGUGGCACAGGAGGCUGCUUAGCCAAUGCACCUUUGCAUCAGAACAAGAGCUAUUUUGAGUUUAAAAUCCAGUCCACAGGGAUUUGGGGUAUUGGAGUUGCAACCCAGAAAGCAAACUUGAAUCAAAUUCCACUUGGUAAAGACAGCCAUAGCCUGGUGGUGAGAAAUGAUGGAGCUCUCUACUAUAACAAUGAGGAGAAAAAUAGACUACCAGCAAACAGCCUUCCUCAGGAGGGAGAUGUGGUGGGCAUUACGUAUGACCAUGUAGAAUUAAAUGUAUAUUUAAAUGGGAAGAACAUGCAUUGUCCAGCUUCAGGAAUCCGAGGGACUGUCUAUCCAGUGGUCUAUGUUGAUGACAGUGCCAUUCUGGAUUGUCAGUUCAGUGAAUUUCAUCAUACACCUCCACCAGGGUUUGAAAAGAUCCUCUUUGAGCAGCAAAUCUUCUGAACGUCUUCAUCCUGAAAACUUGCACCCUGCACUGUUAACAAAAGCUUUGUCAUCUUAAAUAAAGCUUCACUUUACUUUUGGGAAACAUAUCUGUAUUUUUAGUAAGUACUUGUGACCGUUGUCUGCAGAAUUAAUGUGUUAACUGCAACACCAGGUAACUGUGUUGCAAAUGCGAGAUUUCUGGCAAUGUUUUGUGGUUGAAAAUGAGGUUUUGGGGCAGGGUUUUUCUCUGCUUUCUACUUGAUGCAUAAGGAAACUAAGGGAUAUUAUUGUCAUCAGUAUUACAUUCAGUAUUUUGAAUAAACUGGAGCUCUGUAAAGCAAAUAGUUCUUAUGCAUAUGACAGCUAUGGAGAUGGGUGGUUCUCAUGAUUUUUUUUCCCCAGCUUUUUUCACACAGAAGUUACAUACUUUGUUUAAGGGAAACACUGUGUUUCUAGUCUGUGAUUUGGAGUUGCGGUGUCCCAGUUGUGCACAAAGACUAAUACUCUGAUGGCAUAACUAGCAGCUAGAUACCUUUUUUUUCCCCAAGGUAUAGUUUAAUCCAUUCCCUCGAUCUUAGACUGGCAAAUAGAACUUACCUAUUUCUCCUAGCUUUUCGUUUGCUUUUAUUGUGACAAAUAACAGGACACUUUCUAGUAAUACUUUUUUGUUGAACCUUAAAAAGUAAACCUUGAACACUACCUGUGAUUUUGAGGACUACCGUGCUGUGUUACUCUGGUAGGAGAGUAAGUACAGAUCACUCAGUCUGGGUAUGCAAAGAGCCAGGUGAAGGGUAUGAGAUGUUAUGGUGAAGCCUUACAUCUAAACUGUAAAUUAGAUUAUUCUUUUAUGGAAUAGCGUAUUUAAUUUCUUUGUGAAUCAUUUAUAAAUGAUUAAUGGCUAAGACAUUGUUCUAAAAUGUGAUGCCCUUGAAUAUAAAUUGUGAGAUGCUUUCCCCCCCCUUGUCAUAUUUAAUAUACUUCCUAGAAGAAUUUUUAUUGUAAAGAAAAUCUUCAUA